AUGCUGUGUGCAAUCUCGGGAGAGGCACCACAGGUGCCCGUCGUCUCGCCCAAGAGCGGCAGCGUCUUUGAGAAGCGCCUCAUCGAAGCAUACAUCGCCGAAAAUGGGAAAGACCCUGUGAACGGAGAGGAGCUCUCUACCGAUGACCUUAUCGAGGUCAAGUCCGAGCGCGUUGUUCGACCCCGUCCCCCUACACUCACCUCGAUUCCUUCUCUACUCAAUGUGUUCCAAGAGGAAUGGGACGCCCUUGCCCUGGAGACAUACACACUGCGACAGACAUUAGCCCAAACGCGCCAGGAGCUGAGUACGGCUCUCUACCAGAACGAUGCGGCGGUCCGCGUGAUCGCGCGCUUGACCAAAGAACGAGAUGAAGCUCGUGAUGCGCUCUCUAAGGUGACCGUCGGCGCUACACGCGCUGCUGGCGGUGAAGCAAUGCAGGUUGAUUCAACUGGACUGCCUGAAGCAGUUUUGUCACGUGUCGAGGGUACACAAGCAGCGCUCUCUAAGACUCGCCGUAAGCGCACUGCACCGGAAGGCUGGGCAACCAGCGAUGCUAUCUCCACAUACAAGCCCGCUCAAAAUACCGAGCCCCUCUACCCCGGUGGCAAGGCCCUGUCUGUUAAUGCUUCCGGAGAGCUUGCCCUUGUUGGGGGCGCUGACGGUGUUGUUGGUGUCUACUCGCUGUCUCAGAAGCAAGUCGUCCAAAGCCUGCAGGCAAAUGGCCCAGUCACCGAUGCUGUCUGGGCAGGUGAUAAGGCCGUCGUUGCUUCGUCUACCGGCUCAGUGAAGGUUUUCGAGAAUGGCAAUGAAGUUGCUGAUUUCAGCUCUCAUGCUGGUGCAGCCACGGCGCUCGCCCUGCACCCUACUGGCGACAUUGUCGCUUCCGUUGGCGCUGACAAAAGUUACGUGCUUUACGACUUGACGACCAACUCCGUGAUUACCCAGAUCUUCAGUGACGCAUCUCUUCUUUCCGUGAAAUUCCAUCCUGAUGGCCAUCUUAUUGCUGCCGGUGGCGUGGAUGGGCAGAUUAAGAUCUUCGAUGUCAAGAACGGCUCGUCUGCCGCUAAUUUCACUCUGUCUGGACCCGUCAAGUGCUUGUUCUUCUCUGAAAACGGCACAUUCAUGGCCGCAGUCGCCGAGAGUUCUACAGUUGUUUCUAUUUGGGAUCUGCGCAGUGCAUCAGAAGUCAAAGCUCUGGAAACCGGCAGUCAGAUUGAUUCUAUCAACUGGGAUUACACCGGACAAUUCCUACUCACUGGCGGACCUAGCGGGUUGACCGUCCAGCAGUACACCAAGUCAACUAAGUCAUGGUCGGAGCCACUGCGAAGUGCUGUCCCUGCAGCUGCCGUGGCGUGGGGUGUUGCAGCUCAAAGCAUUGUGGCUUUGAACCGUGACGGUGGAAUCACAGAACUCUUCCGCCAGCUGUAUCGCUCCUUCGAUUUCGACUCUCACAUCUCUCUCACCCCCUUCCUCUUUAUACUUCCCAGUCAUUCGGUUCUGACCCCUGCUGGACUUCAGCCCAAGCAACUUGACAUGAAUGAAGACUCAGGUGUGCAGUUUGUGGCUGCAAGGCCGAGAAAGCGUAAUCACCGACAAAUGUCCCGAACAUCUCAUUCACCCAGUCGCCGUUUCUUUUCACAAAAUGGGGAGCCAUCGUCCUCCAGAGCUCCGCCCAACCAGUUGCCACCCAUGAGAUACGUUGGGGACGGACUCGAUUUGAGGAGACCUGUCGUCUCGGCUUCCCCUCAGACAGAGGAAGUAAUCGAUUUGACAAAUGAACCGGACUCGCCUCCACAGCAGCGAGAUUUGAGUGCUCGGGCAACAUCGCGGCGACCUAGACAACCCCGCUUCGGAAGGGAUAUCAUGGCAGAUGUUGUGGACUUAGAAGAUGAACCGGAUAAUACAAUUGAUCUCGACAUCCCUAGCAGUCCAGAGGUUCAAUUCGUGGGUGCCAGCGUUCGACCCCAGUUACCUCGACCAUCGCCACCACAGCCUAGAGGUUUUGAUUUCGGCGCUGGGCUUGUACGGUUCCUACGGUUAGAUGACCCCAGAGUUCAACACUUUCCUGGCAGAGGGCUAUUUUCUAGAGAUCCUGGAUGGAGAACGAGAGGCCCCCGUCGCCCGCCACAUGAUGUGGAGACCUUUUGGAUCGGAGAUAGAUCGGGCGGAGCAGUUGAUCUCACGAUCAACCUGGAUAUGGACGGUCCGCUGGCAAUGGAUUAUCAGAUCCCAGGGUUUUCACCUGAUCGAGUGUCACGGCCAACGUACAAGCCACCAAGUCCGCCGCCAGAGGGGUUUACAAGGAACAUUAAAGAAGAUGAGGUCGUUUGUUGUCCGAAUUGUGAUGCAGAGCUCGGGACGGGUGACGAAAUUCAACAACAGAUUUGGGUGGUAAAACAAUGCGGACAUGUUUAUUGCGGGCAGUGUGCCACCCAUAGGUCCAAAUCAAACGCUAAGAAGGCAUCGCUGCCGGUGAAGCCGUUUUCUAAAUGUCAAGUGGCAGAUUGUGAGAAGUCUGCCAGUGCACCAAAAUCGAUGUUCCAGAUCUAUCUAUGA